UUGGGAGUGAUUUUCGAAAAUCGAGUCUUCAUCAGAUAUCGACGUAUUGAGCAACAAAAUAAACGUUUUUUAACUUCGAGAGCUCAAAAACAGAAGGAAGUUUUGGGGUUGGCCCACGGGGUCAACCGUUUUUUAGAUUUUUUUCAUGAAAAUACGAUUUAGUUGUUACUUUAUGAAAGUUAACUGUAUAUUUUAUUUGAAAAUAUAUACUAAAUAUUGUGAUCCCUGGUGGAAAUUUUUUGGACUUUUCUCUGAAUAACUCUGAAAAAGUCUUUAGAACUUUAGAACUGAGUUUUUCAGAGAAAAUUUCGAAAAAUUUACAGCAGGGAUAGUAUUGGGUUGCCAUCCGUCCAGGUUUUUUCGAACAUGUCCUGGUUCUUAAGAGUGUACGGGUGAGCUUUUUUAACGUUGAGCUUAUAGACAAUAAAAAUAAUAAUAAAGUAUUUAAAUUUAGCAGCUAAACUUUUUUAUCUGUGGUCACAAGAAAGAAACAAAUUGAAAUUCAGUGCAAUCGCUGCAAUACUUUAAGCUAAAUUAUGUUUUAAUCUCUAUGAUUAUCCAAAUUUUUAUGAUUAUUUAUGAAGCAGAGACGGUGAUUUAAUAAAAAAUUGAGUAUUUAAAAAUAUCUGCGAGAUUGAGAAUCUUAAUCAUACAUUUAAUAAGAAAAUGUGUGUCAACAAAACAAUAAUUAUUAGGAAGAGUUGCUCAUAAUUAUUCAAAAUUUAAUUAUUAUUUUAAUAAAAACCAAAAUAUGAAGUUCGCUUAGAAAAAGAAAAUCUUGCAAUUUUUUUUAUUUUCUUAGGAUAAUUAAAAUGACCGGGAUUUUUUUUAAACAUCCGGGUUUUAGAUUUCUAAUGUCUGGUUAAAAAUAGUUAAGUUGGUAACUCUAGGUCUUUAUGUAAAAAAUUAUUUCAAACCGAAUGCGGCGAAGAAAAACAAAGACGCAAAUGUGUAGUAAAUAAAUGUAUUCACUUUUAUCAGCUAGGAAUUAUAGAUUCCGUAAAUAUUGAAUAAUUAGAUUAUUAUUAAAGUAAAAUAAUUAGCACUCGAUAUUUUUAUGCUCAAUGAUUACUUUUUUUUUAAAUAUAAAAAGUAAAUAAGAUCGAAUAGUAAAAAUGGAUGUUGAUGACUAUCCACCUUACAAUACCAUGAUUGCUAUCAUUAAAGGAGACUCUGCAAUCGUUAAGGAAAAUAUAAAUUCCUUUGGAUUAUCAUAUGACCCCUUAUGGCUAGAUGGCUAUGAACUUCUCCGCAUUGCUAUUGAAAAUAAACAAUUUGAAAUAAUGGAAUUUCUUCUUGAAAAAAAUGCCCCCGUAAACACCAGCAACAAAAACUACCACAAUACUCCACUGCACUUGGCAGUGAUGAAUCAAGACGAUAAAAUUGUUGAAGCUCUCCUGGACAGAGGUGCUGAUAUCAAUAAAGAAAAUCUAUUCCGCAUUAAUCCACUCGAUCUACUAAUGCAAGAAACCAACGAAAAGAUACUUGACUUAAUUGUUAACCAUAUAUCUGACACCAACAUCAAAGAUUCCGUUUACAUAAGACUACUAAUCGAUUUAUUGGAUAAAAAUCGUACGGAACUCGUGGAAAAACUUUUGACUAAAUGUCUUACAAUUAACAUCAACGAAGCAAUGAAUACAAUUAAUUUUUUAUGCAAAGCCGCGCAAAAAGGGUAUUAUCGAAUCGUAGAAAAAUUAUUGGAACGUGGAGUCGAUGCUAAUGUCGUUGACAAUACGGGCUACAGAUCAGACACUGCGCUGUACAUCGCCUGUGAAAAAGGUUAUCUAGGAAUAGUAAAACUUUUACUGAACAAUGGAGCUAUCGAUAGCUUAGACACGAUAUCUAAUGAAAAUAAUCAAUAUCAAGCGUUAUUUUAUUGCCCUCUUCAUAUCGCCAUUGCCAAAGAAAAGUACCAAGUCGUUAAAUGUCUUCUUGAGUACGGAGAUAAGCCCGACAGAUUCUAUUUGAAGGAUAAUGAAGAAUGUUCAGCUUUACAUUUAGCUUGUGAAAAAAAUAAUAUUGAAAUAGUUAAAUUACUUAUUGACAAAGGAGCUGAUGUUAACAUAAAAGAUAGUAAAGGCAUAAUGCCAAUAUCUAAAGUUGAUCGUUACAGCGGAAAAGAUAUUUUUGAAUAUCUUAUAAUUGAUAAAAACUUGAAACUAGACUACGAUAAUUUCGCAUUCGUUUUAAACGAUUCAAUGCCAGAUCAAGAGGCUGGCAGAGUUAAACUGAUUUUACAACAUUUGGAUGCUAAUUUAUAUUUGAAACAUAAAAUAGACCUUAAUACUGUGAGAAACUGUGAGGGCUUUUCGAUUAUUUAUAUUAACAGCGUUCUUAGUAAUUAUGAAAAUGUUGAAAUUACGAACCUUUUUGUUGAAUACGGAGCGGAUGUCAAUGCAAAAAAUAAAUGGGGUAGAACUCUGCUUCAUGUGGCAUUUCGAUACAGAAAAGUUUGGUCAAUUGUCGCGCUUUUGAAAAAUGGCGCGGAUAUUAACGCGACAUGCAAUAAUGGAUACACUUGUCUUGAUUAUGCUCUGGAUAAAAAAUUAUUUAGAAAUCGUUAUUGUGACGAUGAUGCUGAGUGUGGUUUAUGGGAGGUGGCUCCUGCUGAACGAAGAAAAAUAGUUGAUGAAUUUAUGGAGCAUAUUGUGAAAAUGAAAUUUUUAAAUUUGUAUGUAAGUGAAAAAAAUAACAACGAUUUUAUGAAUCGUUCGAAAGAGCCUUCCCGGCAUUCGGAGGGAUACAAAAAAGAAAUAGAAAAAAUGAAACGUGAAAUAAUAGCGGAUAAUAUAAGUUACUACGAUUUUGUAACUGCCGAUUCUUAUCGAUUGAUGAUGUAUUUAAAUAAAGAUAAAAUUUUUGAAACACUGAGAUCUGAAAGUUACGAAUCUAAAUUCCCGCUGUAUGCAAUUAUUAUCAGUGGCUGUUUCAAAAAAGGUCUUACGAAAAAAAAAUUGUUUGAUGAAGCUUUUGAAUAUCCCGUUUUUAACAUUAUUCGAAGUUUACCGUAUCCUUGCAUGAGAUUAAUUAUGGACUAUUUUAGUAACACUGACUUGAGGGAAUUAAUAACUAAAUGUAAACAUUGUCUUUAUAAUUUAAGUGAUUAAUGACUUAUGAAGAAAAGUUUUUUAUAUUUUUUUAUUACUAUUUGACGUAUAACUUUGAAUUACUGUAACUAUUCAUUUUGUUUAUAAUCAUUUUCAAUUCAUACUCAAGUAUUUAAGUUGGUUUAUUUCUUUUAUUAUCUCAAGUCAAUAUGAAACUAAGAAAAAAAAAUAUAUUCUUUUCUAAUGUAAGAAUACAAUCGACGUUCCCUUAAUGUCUGCAUGCGUUGAUAAAAUGAACGGAUAUUUUUUUGAUACGAGUGAUUAAACAAACGGAUGCUACUUAUUAAGGAAACGUCAAUUGUAUAAAAAAAUAAAAAUAAAGCAACAUAAAUUAUUAUUUUAUAUGGAUAUUGAUAUUUAUAAUGAUCCAAUAAAAUUUAUAUUUAUAAAAA